AUGGCCCAUGGAUCACAUCCAUACAACUCUCCAAGGGGCUCGGGCCCCUCCACACCGCGCGACUCACGUGCCCCCACCCGCCUCUCCUCUCCCGAUCCACACGGCCUUUCCGGCACUUUCCGUCUUCAUGAUCUCGCCCCAGAACUCCAGAUCCUGAUCUUUCAGUAUCUCGAGGACUUGUCGCCAGCAGAACUCGCCAGCGCAGCUCUUGUGUCUCAUUCAUGGAAUGCACGGCUCACGCCCGCACUGUACGCCUCCGUCUCUGUAUCCAAAGCCAACAGGGAGCGGUUGUUUGUCGGUCUCGGAAUCGACUUUCUGUCGGCGUCGGCCCUCGAGUCUCGCAGCGCUGAGGCGGGCGGAUCAGCUGCGUACGUUAGUAGGCCGAACCGCAAGGCCGAGAUGCUGGGGCAUGUACGGCGGCUCAGCGUGGUCGACCAGGCAGGUGCCCUUGCAUUAGCUGAAGCGCUGUUGGCACACGACCAGCUCUUCCCCGUUCUCGACGAGGUGACACUCGCAGCGCCAGUGUUCCGGCACCUCGUCAACUCGGGUCUUGCGGCAUUUGGACGACCCCGUUCCGGCAGCGCCUUCGUGGGCGAGACCCUCGUUGCUCACCUCCGGCCUAAGCAUCUCCGCAUCGACUACCCCCACUCGCGCAGCGGUGCCGGCGUGUUCGACCCCGUUCUGCUCGCGCGUGUCCUCGCCGUCCUCCUCAUCGACUGGGCACCCGAAAGCGUAGAGUAUCACGGUGUCGGGUCGGAUUUCCCGCCUGUUCUCGGCCCCAUCUCUCGGAUCCACUGCACGCCGUGCUCCCCAUGCUCGGCCAACAGGUGGGACGACCCCGACACGGGCUGUGCAUCGCACGGUGCUCUGGUGCGCAUGCACCUGCGUCGAGUGUUUGGCUUGCAUGCGCGUGACGAGCUCCUCGAGGCCAUUGCCGAAGGUGCAGACCCGACCGACGACGACGACCUCGACCCAGACGCUCUCCCCGAGUCGACGUUCUCCAAGAUCGAGUACUAUGGUGUCCCCUGUAUCGCUGCCAUGGACCGGGAUGCGUUUCUCGACCGGACGUUUGCACACUGGCCCGUCGAGUCGGACGUGGGCGAGCAGGUGUCGUUUUUCGCUUAG